AGGAAAUUAACGUCCUCGUAUCAAGUGCCAAAGCGUUAUCUUCCCAGUUGACCUGCCCUUCUUUAUGACUCACCAUCGAAUCUUCCUUUCGGAGAUUCGCAACUCUGAUAACUAUUACUGUAGAAACACCCCAUUUUGUGAUUUAUGCACUGUAUCUGUAUUUCCUCUCUUUUUAGUCUUCAUUUGCCUGAUCUCUCGUCUGGUCCCCGCCUGAACAGUCCCAGUUUCAGUUAAUUCCAUUGUCUUUUAGAUACUGGGUGGGAUGAAACACCCUAAAGCAACAUUCUUGGCAGUUCUGUUUUUCCUUGCUAUCCUUGGAAAGACAAGCUGUCAUGGAGAUCAGCCUCUCUCGAGAAUCGCCAUUCACAAGGCUACUUUUGCUCUUGACGACCAUGCUUAUGUCAAAGCCUCUCCUACAGUUCUGGGACUAGGGGGUCAAAAUUCAGAAUGGGUGACCGUCCAGUAUAGUUCUUCAAACCCAUCUGUUGAUGAUUGGAUCGGGGUGUUUUCUCCUGCUAAUUUCAGUGUUGCUUCUUGCGCUGCAGAAAAUCCAAGAGUUUAUCCUCCAUUUUUGUGUUCUGCACCCAUCAAGUUUCAGUAUGCGAACUACAGCAAUCCUAAGUACACAUUUACAGGAAAUGGGUCAUUGAAACUUCAGUUGAUUAACCAGAGAUCAGACUUUUCCUUCGCACUCUUCUCAGGAGGCGUAUUAAAUCCGAAGCUGGUGGCUGUGUCAAAUGAAGUUGCAUUCAGAAAUCCAAAUGCGCCAGUUUACCCACGCUUGGCUCAAGGAAAAGAAUGGAAUGAAAUGACUGUGACUUGGACGAGUGGAUACAGGAUCAGCGAAGCAGAACCAUUUGUUGAAUGGGGUCAGAAGGGAGGAAGUCUGAUGCAUUCUCCGGCUGGGACUCUUACUUUUAAGCGUAACAGCAUGUGUGGUGCACCAGCAAGGACGGUGGGAUGGCGUGAUCCUGGAUACAUCCACACUAGUUAUUUAAAGGAGUUAUGGCCCAAUGCCAUGUAUACCUACAAGCUGGGACACAAAUUUUUCAAUGGUACAUAUAUUUGGAGCAAGGAUUAUCAAUUCAAAGCUUCUCCUUAUCCUGGUCAAGAUUCUAUUCAACGUGUAGUAAUUUUUGGUGAUAUGGGAAAGGAUGAAGUUGAUGGUUCUAAUGAAUAUAAUAAUUUCCAGCGUGGUUCUCUUAACACUACUAAGCAGCUUAUUCAAGACUUGAAGAACAUUGAUAUUGUUUUCCACAUUGGAGAUAUAUGUUAUGCAAAUGGAUACAUCUCUCAGUGGGACCAAUUUACUGCACAGAUUGAACCCAUUGCGUCGACUGUACCUUACAUGAUUGCAAUUGGUAAUCACGAGCGUGACUGGCCGGGAACGGGUUCAUUUUAUCAGAACAUGGAUUCUGGAGGAGAGUGCGGUGUGUUGUCUGGGACAAUGUUCUACGCCCCGGCUGAGAACAGAGACAAGUUCUGGUAUUCAACUGAUUAUGGCAUGUUCCGUUUCUGCAUAGCUAACACAGAACAUGAUUGGAGAGAGGGAACGGAGCAAUACCAGUUCAUUGAGCACUGCUUAGCAUCGGUUGAUCGACAAAAGCAACCGUGGCUGAUCUUUUUGGCACAUCGGGUAUUGGGUUAUUCUUCUGAUCUUUCUUAUGCAGUUGAAGGAUCUUUUGCAGAACCAAUGGGGAGGGAGAGCCUUCAAAAGCUUUGGCAGAAGUACAAGGUUGACAUUGCUAUGUUUGGCCAUGUACAUAAUUACGAAAGAACAUGUCCGAUAUACCAGAACAUUUGUACCAAUGAAGAGAAGAACCAUUACAUGGGUGCGCUGAAUGGAACAAUACAUGUGGCUGCUGGUGGUGGAGGAGCAAGCCUUUCACAAUUCACUACUCUUAAAACAACAUGGAGCUUAUACAGAGAUUACGAUUAUGGAUUUGUUAAACUUACUGCAUUUGACCAUUCCAACCUCCUGUUUGAGUACAAGAAGAGUAGAGACGGAAAGGUUUAUGAUUCGUUCAGAAUUACCAGGGACUACAGGGACAUCUUGGCCUGCGCAGUGGAUAGCUGCCCAAGUACGACACUAGCAUCUUGACUUCAGAGUUGUGCAUGUGAAGAAUAUAUAGAGUUAGUGUUCUUCAUCACUGAGUUUCAUGUUCAAUGGUAAUUCAUGUUACCCAGGAAGGAAAAAGGAAAAUAAACGAUGGCUAUCCAGGUUGUAGCAUUUGUCUUUGCAUUUCACAAACUAUUGUACCUUGGAAGAAAUGUGAAUAUUAUUUUCAUUUUCUUCUA